AUGACCAAUCCCGCUGAUCGCGAUGAAGCACGUCAGGUUAUGCUCCAGAACCUCGAGCGCACCCUUCAAGACGAGGUGUGUACUGCUCGCAAGGAGCUUGCUGCAGUCGAUCAACAAUCCCGGCGCUUCGACGUGGAUGAAUUCGAGGCAGAUAAGCAUCGGCAUCGUCGCAGUAUUGCCGGGUAUCAUCAAGUCAUCGAACUGUUGAAGCAAGGCGACGAUGCCUUUAGGUGUGCAAUGCUGGACGGGGUCUUGAUCUUCGAGGGCCACAGUGUGAACAAACACCAGUUCCGAGUUCUCUACGGAUGGUGA